AUGGAUCCAUUUUCGAAUGGUUGUAGCUUUCAAAACCUCUUAAAUAGUCAACAACCAAACAACUCCUUCUCCUUUGUCACUCGUGAACCUAGUGUAGAGAUAUCUUCGUCUGAUGCAUUUGUCUUCGGUACACCAUGGUCCGAAGACUUAAACGACGAUGAACGCACCGUCUCUGACUGUAAAGCAAGACGAAAGUGGUCACCAACUGAAGACACUGUGCUCAUCUCGGCUUGGUUGAACACCUCCAAAGAUCCUGUGGUGGGUAAUGAGCAGAAAGCAAUUUCGUUUUGGAAACGCAUUGCUGCCUAUGUUGCAUCCAGUUCGAAGCUUGUGGGAAUGCAAAAGAGGGAGGCUAGUCACUGUAAACAAAGGUGGGGGAAGAUCAACGAGGGUGUCUGUAAGUUUGUAGGGUGUUACGAAGCUGCAACGAAACAGAAGUUCAGUGGGCUGUCUGAGAAUGAUGUGUUAAAAAUGGCUCAUGCUAUAUUCUUCAACGAUAACAAUGACAGAUUUGCACUCGAGCAUGCCUGGUUGGAGCGUCGCCAUGAUCAGAAAUGGUGUGGAGCUUCUGCUACUAAAGACAAGGUUAGCUCCAAAAGAAGAAAGUUGAAUGACCAGUGUGCACAGUCGUCGACCUAUGUGGCAGGAGAGGAUGAAGCAAGGCCUGUUGGUGUCAAAGCUGCAAAGGCCAAAGGUGAAAGCAAGGCAACGAAUUCAGAAGAGGCAGCGGAGAUGCAGAGCAUGUGGGAGAUAAGGGAAAAAGACUUUGUGCUUAAGGAGAAGCUUAACAAGCAAAAAUUGAUUGAUAGCCUCAUUGCCAAGACAUAG